CCAUACGUGUCGCCAAAAACUGUAUCAGAGCCAUCACAACCUCCACGUGUACUGACCUAACUCUUCAAUUGAGCUUCUUCUCCACGCUCUUCCAUCAAACCACCGCCACUGCUGCCACUCCCACAACCACCACUGCAAAAAAAAAAAAAAAAUGGCCCUUUCAUCACCAGAAGCCACCAAUCUAAACACUGCAAAAAUCCCAGAAAACCCCUCCUCCCCAUGCUCCAUACACCUCCAAAAACUGCCUCACUUAACAGACUAUCUUCCAAACCUUAAACCACUACCAAACCCUUUGGAGAAGAAUACUUUAUAUCACCCACCAGCAGGCUUUUACAUCAAUCAAUCUGAAGUAGUCCUUGGCAAGAUCAUCGUAGACUUGUCUGCUGACAGUGAAGCUGUGAGUUCCCACUCACCCCAAGUGGCUUACAACAGAGCUGGUCCGCGCUGGCAAGUCUUUUUUGAGCCAAAAGAUAUCAAAGCUGCCAUUGUUACAUGUGGGGGACUGUGUCCUGGCAUGAAUACAGUGAUCAGGGAACUUGUUGUUGGGCUGUGGGAGAUGUAUGGAGUGCGUCAGAUUUAUGGGGUGACAGCUGGUUAUAGAGGGUUUUAUUCUAGAGACCCUAUUGAGCUUAAUCCAAAGCUGGUGCAUAAUUGGCACAAAUUGGGUGGUACAGCUCUUGAGACCUCCAGAGGUGGUUUUGAUCUUAAUAAAAUUGUGGAUGCCAUUGAACAUCACGGUUUUAAUCAGGUGUAUAUAAUUGGAGGAGAUGGAACAAUGCGUGGAGCUGUGAACAUAUUCAAUGAAAUUCAACGUCGAAAACUAAAUAUUGCAGUUGCUGGAAUUCCCAAAACAGUUGACAAUGAUAUUGGCAUCAUUGAUAGAUCAUUUGGAUUUCAGACAGCAGUCGAGAUGGCCCAGCAAGCAAUCAAUGCAGCUCAUAUUGAGGCUGAGAGUGCAGUUAAUGGUAUUGGCCUGGUGAAGUUAAUGGGUCGAAGCACAGGUCACAUAGCCCUCCAUGCCACAUUGAGCAGCCGUGAUGUGGAUUGCUGUUUAAUUCCUGAAAUCGAUUUUUACUUGGAAGGAGAAGGAGGAUUGUUGGAGUUUCUGGAGAAACGACUGAAAGAGAACGGACAUGCAGUCCUAGUUGUUGCCGAGGGAGCUGGGCAGGAUAUGAUACCAAGAACAGAGGCCCAAAAAGAAGAGAGGGAUGAGUCCGGCAACCUAGUGUUCUUAGACUUUGGUGCGUGGUUAAAGUCAGAGCUUAAGAACUGGUGGACAAGAGACCAUGCAAACGAGUUGUUCACAGUGAAGUACAUAGAUCCCACGUACAUGAUCAGGGCAGUGCCUGCAAAUGCUACAGAUAACUUGUAUUGCACUCUUGUAGCAUACUCGGCAAUUCACGGUGUAAUGGCAGGAUACACUGGAUUUGUCUCUGGUCUUAUCAAUGGAAAUUAUGCAUAUAUCCCAGUGGAAGAGGUUGCUCAUGCUAGGAAUGAAGUUAACACAAAAGACCAUAAAUGGGCAUGGGUGAGAUCUGUUACCAAUCAGCCUGAUUUUGUCAAGCCCUAAACGUCAUUCAAGUGUAUGCUAAUAAAAUCACUCUCUACUCUGUUUUCUAGUAAAAUCCGAGUUCAUUCCCUAAACAUUGCUCGUCCGUGCAUGCUUGCAUGGUUUGGUCAGGAAUUAAUGGUGUUUUAUUAUUAUUAUUA